GGUACAUGUACGAUAUGCCCAAACGUCCAAUCGCCUCCUCUGUGGAUCACAUUCCAUAAGUACAAUGUGUCAUGACUUGUUUUGUGAGAACCAGUGGAGCCUCCAUCAUCACCGGUAUUGUAAAAGCUGUGGGCUCAAUGUUCCGAUUCAGAGCCGCUUUGAUGUUUUGAAGAGCUUUCUCGCCACUAGUGCUGUACGUUUGCACGGACCUGCCCAAAGCGGUUCAAAGGAGCGGCUUUUAUGUCUGCUCGUUGGCUGACUCGACUCUAAUCUGAAGACUCACAGCAUUCAUCACUGCCCUCCAAAAAACCUCCGCAUUUGAUACUGGUCAACAGAGCUUUUAGCCAGUGCUAGCUAGUACCUUUGUCGAACUCUCUACCAACCUUUGUGAAGAAACCACCCUCGUAUAAACACCUCUCUCCGCGGCAUUUGAACCUGUUUGCCGCAACAAGCUACCCAUAGCAACUCUAUCACCUCUAGAUCCCAGAAACCAAGCCUUGUGUUCUGGUCUCCUUUGACAACUAGCCAUGACAACCCCUGCGAAGAAUGCCGCGAAAGGCACGGAACCGCAUGAACAUGGCCAUAAUGACACAAACGAUGUAGAUUCAGACCGCCUCUAUGUAGUAGCUGAACUGGGCAUGCUAGGGUCUUCAUCCCGAGAAGAGGAACAACCAGCUAGACAGAGGACAGAAAGGAACUCAGCGACCGAUUCGGGGUAUGGUCCUCCUGUGACCACCCCCAGGACAACAUCAUAUGCUGCAGGCUAUGACGAAACAGGAGAAGAUGAAUCACAAGGCACCAGGGAGGACGAGUUCAUCAUGAAAGUACUGCGGGAGAGGAUGUGGGAGGUUUCCAUUGGCAGCGCCACGGCGGUUGGCAUCCCAACACAGCACGGAUCAACCAUCAACAGUCAGCAUCAAGAGCAACUACAAGGAUCUACCCACUCACGACAGCCAGGGGCAUAUGCAGCAAGGCCUGGUACUGGGGAACUUCAGAGAGCCGAGUCUCUCAACUUAUCACUAGUUGGUUCAUCAUGCGAAUUUUCACUAGAUGGACACGAAGAAGAACUUGGCCUGUUCAAAGUAUCAGGCACGAGCGCCCAUACCAGAAUGACAUCAAGUUCAAGAGAGAGUGUGGAUGCAAGGGCUCAGACCCAUCAUGGUACCAGUGAUGAUGGGGGCUUGGUGGUGGCAAACUUGGUUGAUGAAGACUUGCCCCAUGCGGAACACUACAGCAUUCAGACUCGGAAUAGGAAGAGGAAGGCACAUUCAGAGCAAGCAAAAACCAGAAUCAUUUUGGGGGUCAUGACUUUGGCAAUGAUCAUCAUCAUACUGACAGCAGUCCUCCCUCUUGUCAACAAGGGCGCAACCCCUGACACACCUGAAUCGGGGACAGAACUUCAGACAAACUAUCCUUCAGAGUCUCCAGUCAAUCCAUUGGAGAAGAAAAUCAAGUACGUGCUGUUCAAAGGAGAUGCCACACUGGCUCUAGGAGAUGCCGAUUCACAUCAGUCCAGAGCCUAUCAGUGGCUAUUGCAAGACUCUGAUCAUCUCCCCACGUAUUCUGAUGAAAGGAUAAUUCAGAAAUUUGCUCUGGCCAGUUUGUACUUUGCCACUGAUGGCAAUGGUUGGGAAGAUAACACAAACUGGCUCAAUCAUAGCAUCCACGAAUGCAGCUGGUUCCAAAAGCCAAGUUUUUCAAGGAAACAUGUCACUUCUCUUUAUCUUCCAGGGUACCUUGAUGGUUUCUUGGAACCUCCUCCCUCCACUCCAUGUGAUGCGGAUGGGCUCUACCAACACAUUUGGCUUGACCAGAACAAUCUUGUGGGCUUCCUGCCAACUGAGUUUUUCAUGUUAACAACAUUGAAGACACUGUCAAUGGGGAGGAAUCAAAUAGAUGGGAACAUUUCUAGUAUGAUUGGGAAACUGACACGAUUGGAAGGACUAUCCUUUGGUCAGCUGCCUCCCAAAGGUGUCAUUCCAACUGAAGUAGGUUUGCUGACAAACUUGAAUGUACUCUUCUUGGGUCGAAAUCAGCUUCAGGGAACUAUUCCCAGUGAGCUCUGGAAGCUUACCAACUUGGUUGAUGUGGUUCUGUUUGGGAACCCCGAACUGGGGGGGACAAUCCCCACUGAGAUAUCUGCUUUCUCAAAGUUAAGAUGGCUCAUCCUGGAUCAGAGUGGCUUUUCAGGAACAAUUCCAACUGAAAUAGGGCAAAUCAAAUCACUGGAGUGGCUUGUAAUUGCUGAGAAUAGCAUGACUGGGAACCUUCCAAGUGAGAUAGGGCAGCUUUCAAAGUUGAUGUUGAUUUCUGCAUGGGACAACUGGUUUGAAGGCGCUCUACCUACAGAGUUUGGCCUUCUCUCAUCAAUGUUUUUGGCUCGACUGGACAAGAACCAGUUUUCUGGUCAAGUCCCAAGUGAGCUUGGCCUUCUCGCAAGCUUGGAGGAUUCCCUGGACUUGAGAGACAAUCUGUUUUCCGGAGUCAUUCCCACCCAACUUGGCUUCUUGACAAGGCUACAAGAGUUGGAGUUUUCCAACAACCAAUUCUCUGGCCAGAUCCCUAGUGAGCUUGGUCAGCUCACCAACAUGGUCCAGUUGACAUUUGCCAAUAACGCCAUAUCUGGCACUGUCCCUCAAGAACUAUCGUCACUUCAGGACUCUUUGUACAUGUUGAAGCUGGAAGGUAAUCCAGGCUUGUCUGGGACUGUUCCUGUGGAGCUAUGUACCAUCAAUGCCACCUGUACAAGCACUUCUGUGAAUGAAUGUGGAGAUGCUGCUGGACUGGCUUUUGACUGUUCCAGCUUGCUUUGUGGCUGUGGUUGCUUGUGCAGUCAUGCAUAGCAUCUGACUAUAGGAAUUGGAUCUGUCCAAAAUGAGCACAAGGUCUCAACGGAUUCAACAUGUGCUACCGGUAUGACAAGCGUGGCUCUCUGGCAACUCCUUCCACCAAACCCAUGUCUUGGUCAAGGCAAUUAAUGCUCUCAGGCCUUCAUGACAAAUCUAAGUAGUGCAUUUCAUAACUUCAUGCUCAACCAUUUCUUUGGGGUACUACACUACAUCCGCGUUUCCUUUGCGUAAUAGCGCGUUUUAUUAAGGAUGUCCCACGGGGUAGG